AUGGAGCCCUCUAUCAACUCAAAGCAGCUAAGGGUGCUUCGACCUCUGGAGGAUGUGACCAUCAUCGAGGGGGGCAGUGCUACCUUCCAGCUGGAGCUGUCCCAGGAGGGGGUGACUGGGGAAUGGGCCCGGGGUGGAGUCCGGCUGCAGCCGGGGCCCAAGUGCCAAAUUCAGGCCGAAGGCCACGCUCACCACCUGGUCCUCAGCGGCCUGGGCCUGGCUGACUCGGGCUGCAUCUCCUUCACUGCGGAUGCGCUGCGCUGCGCAGCCAGACUCACCGUGAGAGAGGCCCCAGUGACCAUUGUGCGGGGGCUCCAGGACCUUGAAGUGACCGAGGGCGACACAGCUACGUUCGAGUGCGCACUUUCCCAGGCCUUGGCUGAUGUCACCUGGGAGAAGGAUGGGCAGCCGCUCACCCCCAGCGCUCGGCUCAGGCUCCAGGCCCUCGGCACGCGCCGCCUUCUCCAGCUGCGGCGCUGCAGCCCCUUGGAUGCAGGGACCUACAGCUGCGUGGUGGGGAUGGCCCGAGCUGGGCCCGUUCACUUAGUGGUGCGCGGUGGGUACCAGGUGCUGCCCGGGCCGGGAGCUACUGUGGAGCGCAAGGUGUCUGUCCUCUCUGAGCUGCGGUCCGUGAGCGCCCGUGAAGGCGACGGAGCCACGUUCGAGUGCACCGUGUCGGAGGUCGAGACAGCUGGGAGCUGGGAGCUCGGAGGCCGCCUGCUGAGACCCGGAGGCCGCGUCCGCAUCCGACAGGAAGGGAAAAAACACAUUCUGGUGCUGAGCGAACUGCGCGCAGAGGACGCUGGUGAGGUCCGCUUCCAGGCGGGACCCGCCCAGUCCGUGGCUCAACUGGAGGUGGAGGCACUGCCUCUGCAGAUGCACCGCCGGCCCCCUCGUGAGAAGACGGUUCUGGUCGGUCGCCGGGCGGUGCUGGAGGUGACAGUGUCCCGGCCGGGGGGUCAGGUGUGCUGGUUGCGGGAAGGGGCCGAGCUGUGCCCAGGGGACAAGUAUCAGCUGCGCAGCCACGGCCCCACCCACAGCCUGGUCAUCCAUGACGUUCGACCUGAGGAUCAGGGCACCUACUGCUGCCAGGCCGGCCAAGACAGCGCCUACACACGGCUACUGGUAGAGGGAGAUGCCCCACUCUCCACCUGAAUUCCUGCGUUCCCUUCAGAUGCCUGCCUUGUCCCACCUCUGACUGACCACCCGCACUCUCCUGCUUCAGCCCUGACAGGCCUAGAAGGGGUGGGUCAGAGGGUGAGGGCCCAGUUCUUCCUGUGUGGGUACCGAGGCUUUGCCAGGGGACAGGAAUGUGGUACCCACUGUCUCCCCAGCCCCACUCACAGUCAUUCCUCUGCAGGUAGCUAGGAGGCCAGAACCAGGCCAGGCAGGUGCCCUCAGAUAGCCUGGAGGGCACAUGCCCUUACCCUGGGAGGAGGGAG